AGUUCGUUCAGAUCUGUAGUUCAGAUAUUCUGUGAUUCAGGUUCAGGUUAGGAUAACAAAUGGAAGUAGGAGUUAUUUGUGAUUGAAAUUGGAUAUGAGACUUUUUGCUGAUCACUACUUUUUUCAAUAUGUUUAGUACGCUUUGAACCUUCAAUUAUAAAAAAAUGGAUAAGACUACUUUACCAGUAAUUGAUUCUCAAUAUGAUUUGUAUCUACAAGAAAUUGAAGGCAUAGAUGAUUAUUGGGGACCGACUUUCAGAACAAUAUUUGAUAAUGAUGAACAUGUGGAGUUCAGGAAAAAGCUGGAAGAUAGAAUCAAACAUCAUGAUAAAGAUAUAGAAAGACUUUGCAAUGUUUACUACCAAGGUUUCAUUGAAUCUGUAAAAGAGUUGCUGGAAGUCAGAUCUCAGGCUAAGAAACUGAAUAGCCAAGUAAUAGGCUUGGAUAAACAGGUACACCUUGCAGCUGAGGGAAUAACAAAAUCUGGUACAGAUUUAAUACAAGCUAGGAAAGUGCAGAGUAAUAUUGCAGAAGUUAUUGCUCAGCUAAAUUUAUGUUUGCCUGUUUUUACUACUUAUUCCAAAUUACAGAAACAAAUAUCAGAGAAACGAUACUAUCCAGCACUAAAAACUCUAGAAGAAUUAGAACAUUUGCAUUUGCCCCAUGUAGCAAAUUACCGAUUCUCAAAACAGUUGCAAGUAAUUAUACCAAAGUAUAGGGAAAAAAUUGAAGUUGCAUCUAUGUCGGACCUGAAAGACUUCUUGGAAAAUAUCAGAAAAUUCUCUCCAAAAAUAGGGGAAGUAGCAAUGAGACAUACACACGAGCAGCUCGCCAGUGAUCCAACCGUAGUUGGAAGAAAAAAGAAGAGAAAUGCUCCCCAGCCACCUGGGAAUUUUUCUGAAGAGGACCGUAGUGCUCAAGAACUCAUAGACUUUUCUCCAAUCUACAGAGGAUUACAUAUUGCCCAUGUUCUCGGAAGAUCUUCCACAUUUGAAACCUAUUAUAGAGCAGAAAGGGCGAAACAAGCAAGGCUUGUUCUACAGCCCCCUACAAAUAUGCAUGAAUCUGAGGACAGUUACAGGACAUAUAUUCAAGCAGUUCUGGGCUUUUUCAUUUUGGAGGAUCAUGUCCUGAACACUGGUAGAGGACUGAUAACUAGAGUUUUUUUGGAUGAUAUGUGGAACAUGGCACUCUCUAAAAUCGUUACAACUCUACAGACCCAUUCGGCAUAUUGUACUGAUGCUACCUUAAUUCUCAAAAUAAAAGACUUGAUCAUGCUGUUCUGUACCACAUUGAGGAAUUAUGGAUAUUCUGUUAAACCUUUAUGGGAGCUUGUUAGAGAAUUGCGUGACCACUACACAGAAGUCUUGAUGCAAAGAUGGGUGCAAGUUUUCAGAAAAAUUUUGUCGGAAGAAGAUUUUCAACCUAUACAGGUUCAUCAUCAAGAUCAGUUGAACGAAAUACUCUUGUCAUUUCCAUGGGAAGGAGACUUACCUGAUGAUAUAACUUAUCCAUAUAGUUUUCCUUUUUCUAGUAUGGUACCAAAAGUAUACCGAGAAGUCAAAGAAUUCAUCUAUGCCUGUGUCAAAUUUUCAGAGGACCUCAAUUUGAGUCAUGUGGAGGUGGAUGAAAUGAUAAGAAAAUCAAUGAAUUUACUUCUCACCAGAACUUUCAAUGGCUGUCUCUCAUCCACUUUUCGAAGCCCACAUGUUAAUCUUCAGGAAAUAAUUCAAAUUAUAGUAGAUACUGGUUAUCUGGAAGAAGCCAACGUGUAUCUUGAUCAGUUUAUUUCUAAUAUAACUGGUGGUCAGACAGCUUUAUUUUCGGUAUCUAGAGAAGAAGCUGUACGACAAAUUUGUGAAAAAUUGAGGCAAAAACUCGACGAGUUCUUAGAGCUAGAAAAUUAUGACUGGUUAUUGGUGGAACCGAAGGGACACGCUUCCAGCUACAUUUCUGACACUAUAGCAUUCCUGCAAACAACAUUUCAAAGUUUCACAAAUAUUCCACUUGAAGCGGCACAAAUUGCUUGUAAAUCAGCUUGCGAACACAUCGCAAAUUCUUUACUGGCCCUACUACUGAAUGAAGAUAUAAAACAGAUUUCUAUGGGUGCCUUGAAUCAACUGAAUUUGGAUUUGUUACAAUGUGAACAAUUUGCCGCCUCUGAUCCUGUCAAAGGUUUGCAAGAAGAUUCUUUAUUAUCGUAUUUUGAAACACUCAGAGAAAUUUUGGAUUUGUUUAUUUCAUGGGACUGGCCUACUUACUUCCACGACUAUGCACAAGAAACUAAUAAAUAUAAGAAGGUUAAUCCGGAUGUAGCUAUAAUACUACUGGAAAAGUGAGUAAAUAUGUUUGUUGGGAAA